AUGCGUGCAGGGAUGAGUGGGUGGAGACUUUUGGAGAAAACUUCUUUGCUCUUCGAUACGCGCUUCGCGCAAAGUGCAAAGACGACACUUUCGCGGCCUCAGCGAGCUCAAAGGCGGAGAUUUGAAACCUCCUCCCCGCCGAAGCGCGCGACUUUGGAGCUGAAGAAGGGAGAAUAUUGGUCCGUCUGCAACGUGAUUGGCAAAGCAGUCGCAGUGCCGCGGAAUGCUGAGAAGAUUUCGGUGGUGGACCCUGCAACUGGCCAGGCUUCGGCCAUCGACCUUCCUUCAGGCAUCGAUGCAGGCAGGAGGGAGAAAUUUGUCUCCGUCUGCAACGUUAACGGCAAGGCAGUGGCAGUGCCUGCUCAUGCUGAGAAGAUGCUGGUGGUCGACCCUGCAACUGGCCAGGCUUCUGCCAUCGACCUCCCUGAAGGCAUUGAGGCAGGCAGGGCGGGGAAAUUUCGGGCCGUCUGCAAUGUAAACGGCAAAGCAGUGGCGCCGCCAUAUGAUGCUGAGAAGAUUCUGGUGGUGGACGCGGCAACUGGCCAGGCUUCUGCCAUCGACCUCCCCGCAGGAAUCGAUGCAAGUAGGAAGGGCAAGUUUGUGGCCGUUUUCAGCAUCGACGGCAAAGCAGUGGCGGUGCCGUAUGAUGCCGAGAAGAUUCUGGUGGUCGACCCUGCAACUGGCCAGGCCUCGGCCAUCGAUCUCCCGACAGGCAUCGAUGUAAGCAAACCCGGCAAGUUUGUAUCGGUUUUCAACAUGAGCGGCAAAGCAGUGGCAGCGCCCUAUGAUGCGGAGAAGAUUUUGGUAGUGGACCCUGCAACUGGCCAGGCUUCGGCCAUCGACCUUCCGACAGGCAUCGAUCCAAGCAGGACGGGGAAAUUUGUGUCUGUCUUCAACAUGAACGUCAAAGCAGUGAUGAUGCCGCAUCAUGCUGAGAAGAUUUUGGUGGUGGACCCUGCAACUGGCCACGCUUCGGCCAUCGACCUUCCUGCAGGUAUUGAUGCAAGCAGACAAGGAAAAUACCUGUCCGUCUGCAAUGUGAAUGGCAAGGCUGUGGCUGUGCCUGCCAAUGCUGAGAAGAUUUUGGUGGUGGACCCUGCAACGGGACCUGCUUUGGCCAUCGACCUCCCCGAAGGCAUUGAUGCAAGCCGGGUCGACAAAUUCUGGUCCGUCUGCACUGUGAGCGGCAUGGCAGUUGCUGUGCCUGUUGGUGCUGCAACCAUUUUGGUGGUUGACCCUGCGACUGGCCAGGCUUCGGCCAUCGACCUCCCCGCAGGCAUUGAUGCAAGCAGGGAGUAUAAAUAUGUGUCCGUCUGCAACGUGAACGGCAAGGCAGUGGCAGUGCCGUUUAGUGCUGAGAAAGCUUUGGUCGUGGAGCUGCCGCCCUCCAAAGCCUCCCAGCUGAACCUCAGUCUGCAGCAAAGCACUGUCCAGCAGACGCCCGUGUUCGCAGAGCUUGUUGCAGCCGCAUUGAGCUACUGGGUGUACACUGACGAGCCAGAACCCCCGCAGCUCGAUCAUGCUUCCAUGCAAGUCCAUCGAGUGAUUCAGCCUGGCGAGUUUGGCUCGUCCGUCAAGAUCGCAAGAGUCACUGCCGACUUACCCACUGGCAAAGUGAUGUAUGUCGUCUUCAAGGGCACCUCGUACAUUUUGGACUUCUUAAACUGGAAUCUGGAGCUGAAUCAUGCCAUGACCCAGGAUCCCGACUUCUUCGUCCACGGCGGAGCAGCAGGCACACUUCACGCGGCAAGCUUCUGGCUUGAACAAGGCUUGCUGAAGCAUCUGGAGGAGGCGAGUGGGAACGGGGUCGGUAGGGUCAUCUUGGCAGGCCACUCCUUGGGUGGAAUGUACGCAGAAGGGCUACUCUACCUACUCUGGAAGAAGAUGGACAGCACUUCGCAAACUUCACAGGAUGUCAUGUCCUUUCUGUCUGAUCUGGAAGUGCGGUGCGUCACGUUUGGGUCUCCGAUGGUCUUCGGUGGUGGCUCCCAGCAGGCACAGGAAUUCAAGAAAUUUGCGCAGCAGCGAGCUGUGAACUACAUCAAUGAGAACGACCCUUGCCCACGCGCCUGGAGCGCCGUGGAUCUCCGGCCGUUUGUGGAAGUGGCGGCCCAAAGCGUGCAGAAUGGACUGGUCGACGAGCUAGGAAGCGUCACGGGGUUUGUGGCCUCGCAGUUUGUGGCCGCAGCCGCCAAGCAGGUAGUAAACCGACCGGAUUUCCACCUCUUGGAGGAUUUUGCGAGUCGGUAUCAGCACUUUGCAGCGCUGAAGGUGCUGAGCUCAGACAGACAGGCCGCUCGCUGGAACGAGUUCCUGCUUACACCGACGAGUCUGAGUGACCACACCAUGCUAGCCUACGCGAAUCGGCUCUUCGAUGCCUUCGAUGACAGCCGUCCCGAGUGCCACGUUCACAGCCAGACUGCCCGAGUCGCUCGGAACGUGCCUAAUCGCAGGAGCGGAUCCUAG